AUGUCCAAGAUUACAGUCGCUCAUGUCCGGACGCAAGUCGCCGAGCUGUUGGAGUACUCUAACGAGACCAAGAAGCGCAACUUCCUCGAGACGGUGGAGCUUCAGAUCGGCCUGAAGAACUAUGACCCUCAGCGUGACAAGCGUUUUUCCGGCACCAUCAAGCUACCCUCCAUCCCUCGCCCUAACAUGGCCAUUUGCAUAUUGGGUGACCAGCACGAUCUCGACCGUGCCAAGCACGGCGGUGUCGACGCCAUGUCGGCGGAUGACUUGAAGAAACUCAACAAGAACAAGAAGCUUAUCAAGAAGCUGGCUCGCAAGUACGAUGCUUUCGUCGCCUCUGAGGCCCUCAUCAAGCAAAUUCCCCGUCUGUUGGGCCCUGGUCUGUCCAAGGCCGGGAAAUUUCCUACCCCCGUCUCUCACGCCGAUGACCUCACUGGCAAGAUCAACGAGGUCAAGUCGACGAUCAAGUUCCAGCUGAAGAAGGUUCUCUGCAUGGGCGUUGCCGUUGGAAACGUCGGCAUGGAGCAGGAGCAGCUCAUUGGGAACAUCAUGUUGGCCAUCAACUACCUCGUCUCUCUUCUGAAGAAAGGCUGGCAGAACGUUGGCAGCUUGACCAUCAAGGCCUCCAUGUCCCCUCCCAAGCGCCUUUACUGA